AGAAAAAUCAUAUGGAUGAUCAAAUUGAUGCUCGGGAUUAUUUUUCGAAAAAAAAACAAAAAUUUAUUUUUCGUUUUUUUUUUGUUGAUGAUAAAAAAGUGCUAAAAGGUGGGUAAAAAGAGAGAAUAUUGAUCCGAUGUUCUGUGGUUGAUCAACGAAAAUCGAAAUCAAAAAUCAAAAAUCAACGAGAACAACGAAAACAAUCAACGAAAACAAACAAACAAACGAUGGCCAUCAAUGCAGCAAAACAAUUAUUAGAUGAAUUGAUGGGACGUGAACGUGAUCUAGCACCAAAUGAUAAACGUUGUAUGCUUAAUUGGGAUGAUCCAACUGUUUGUAAAAAUUUUCUUGUAAAAUUUUGUCCAAAUGCAUUAUUCAUAAAUACAAAGGCUGAUAUUGGUCCUUGUUCAUUAGUACAUGAUGAUUACCUGAAACGUGAAUAUCAAUCAAAAGCAUCGAAACAAGAAAAACGUCAAUAUGAAGAUGAUUUUAUUCGAUUUUGUCAAUCACAAUUGAAUGAUGUUGAAAAGAAAAUUAAACGUGCUAAACAACGUUUAGAAAUGAGUCAAAUUGAAAAAAUGAAUUUAUCCGGUAAUUCAUUACCGAUGACUGAAGAACAUCAAGAACGUAUACGUGAUAUAACGGAAAAAAUUGAAAAACUUUUAGAACAAAUUCAAGAACUUGGUUGUGAAGGCAAAGUAGAAGAAGCACAAACAGCAAUGAAAGAAGUUGAUCUAUUAAAAGAAGAACGUGCACAUAUAAAACGUGAAAAUCAAUCCGGCCAUUGGAUACAGAAAAAAGCCGAAAUCGGUGUAGCACAGGAAAAACAAAUGGAAGUUUGUGAUGUUUGUGGUGCAUUUUUAAUUGUUAAUGAUGUACAACAACGUGUUGAUGAUCAUCUUAUGGGUAAACAACAUGUUGGUUAUGGUAAAUUGAAAAAUGCAUUGGAUGAAAUUAUGGACCGAAGACGUCGAAAUGAUAAUAAUAAUAAUAAUAAUAAUGGUGAUGAUGAUGAUGAUGGUGAUAAUGAUGGAAAAGAUGAAUCAAGAUCUACCAUACGUCAUAAUUAUCAACGAAAUAAUCAACGAAGAUUUGAUCAAUCUUCACGGCGAUCACGUGAUCAUGAAAGCCAUCAUCAUCAUCAUCAUCAACAACAACGAUCAUCACAUUAUUCUCAUAAUAGUAAUCGUCAUAAUAAUAAUAAUCGAAAUAGAUCUCGUUCACGAUCACCCAAUGAUAAUAAAUAUGGACAUCAUCAACAUCAACAUCAUCAUCGUUCUUCUUCUUCUUCAAAAAAUUCAUCAUUUAAUCGUCAAUCAUCAAAUAAUAAUGCGGAAAAAACAUGAAUUGAAAUUACAAAUUUAAAAAAAAAAAUUGAAUUAACAAAUUGACAGACACAAAAUUCUAAAAGUUGAGAAAAACAAAAUCAUACCAGAAUUCAUCGAAGAACGUCAUUUUUGAACGUCGCCAAAUGUUUUUGUUUUUUUUUUGUUCGAAUUUGUUUUGCGCAUGAACAGAACGAAAAAAAGAAAAGAAAAAUCCGUUGAAAAUCUUGGCCUGCGGCUUUCAACCAUUGCCCGCGUAAUCGUUACCCAAACACACACACACCUUAUUUCAAUGUGAUUUUUUUGACGUUUUGUUUUUCUUCUAUUUUCAACGAAAAUUUUUUGACAAUUUGGAUUCUUUUUCUUGGUUUUUGGACAAACGAAACAUCGAA